AUGGCCUCACCAACCCCACAAAUAAUCACCACCUCCGCAAAACCACCCUCACCGAGCACCCACUCCCAAAAACCAUGGUCCCACCACCUAACCCUGGACCUCUGCCUCCGCGUCCUGCACCGCACAAUCCUCAACCCAGGCAUCGCCUGGAUCCUUGUUCUCUGUCUCCGUGCCCAAGUCACACCAGUCACCGACCCGGCCUUCGUCCUCGCCAUCGGCUACGCGCUGCUUCUGACGCUCCUGUUCGUGCUGCGCAUCGUCAACCAGCGCGUCGCGUACGGGCUGCCGCGCGCGGUUGAUGUCGCGCGCGAUGAGGUCGUUGUCAUUACGGGUGGUGCGUCCGGGCUGGGGUUGCUGAUUGCGCAGAUGUAUGGGAUGCGCGGGGCUAGUGUUGCCGUGCUGGAUGUUGCGGAUUUGGGGUCGAGUGAGGAGGAAGAGGAGGUUUUGGGGGAGGGCGUUGGGUAUUAUCGGUGUGAUGUUGGGGAUCGGGGGCAGUUGGAGGAUGUGAAGAGGAGGAUUGUGGAAGAGCUGGGACCUCCGACGAUCCUGGUCAACUGCGCCGCAGCCCGGAUCAACGGCCACCCGCUUCUGGUCUUGCCGGCAGAAGAAUUUGAAAAGACUAUCCGCACCAACCUUCUCGCAGCAUUCCACCUCUACCAGAUCUUCGUACCCGGGAUGAUAUCAGCAGAGAACGGGGGUACCGUCGUCACAGUUAGCUCCGUGCUGGGCCAGCUGUCUCCGGCCGGGCUGUCAGACUAUUCCGCAAGCAAAGCCGGACUCAGCGCCCUGCACCGGACAAUCCAAGCCGAGCUGCAGAGGUAUGAGCAGAUCAAAACGCUACUAGUGGAGAUCGGGCAGAUGUCGACGCCGCUGUUUGACUGGGUGCGCACACCCAACGAUUUCUUUGCGCCGGUUCUGGAGACUGUCGAGGUGGCGCGCGACGUGGUGGCUGCCAUUGAUAGUGGUCGUGGCGGAGUGAUUCGAUUGCCCGCGUUCGCGGCUUUGGUAAAUUGGUAUGCCGUGCUACCAGUGGCAGUACAGCGCUUUGCUCGGCAUUUGAGUGGGAUUGAUAGCGCCGUGAGCCAUGGCCGCCGAAAUUCCCAGCUUCGAGGGAGAAAACUGCCCCAGCCUAGUGGUCGGAUGCCCAAGGGAAAUAGACGAACCAGCUGA